UUCUGGUCUCUCUUAUCUCAGUGGACCUUGCUCACUAGCUUUAAGUUCAGGUUUACCGUUUUUCCAUCGCAACUUUUUUUUCCCUCAUUCAACUUUUUCACUCCGGACGCUUUAUCUGGACAUGGUUCGUCAGCACCUUCAACAGCCGAAGCUAAGUAGUAACAUUAACAUGAUGUCUUCUAAUUGCAGUCGCUGUACUCAUAAUAUACAGGAGAACGAUCGCCCUACGGCGAGAAUAGCUGUGCUGCAAGCCCAGCUUCAGACGCAAUCGUUAGGCAAGGGUAAUUUCAGUGUAGGAAAGGAAGAAACAGCGUCUGUGCCACCAGUAAGUACAGAUAGUAACGUUAGUAUAAACCCCCCCGCACAGUCCCCGCAGCCGGACAACUUUCUCAUGGCUUCUGGAGGGAAAUGCUGUAGGAAUGCUCAACUGGUGUCUCUCAUUCAGCCGACAGAAACUUUCAACCGGUUUUCCCCAUUAUGUAGCGAGUCGGAGUCUGAGGCUGAGUCUUCUCUUGUCUCUACUCCUCCCGCUACGGGGUCUGAGACGCCGAAGGCUCCAACCAUUAGCUCUGACAAAUUGAAAACCCUAGUCAUUGGCGACUCCAUUACCCGCAGUAUUAGACUUAAAACGAAUCACCCAGCGAUCAUACACUGUUUACCAGGGGGCAGGGCUACCGACGUUAAGGCUAAUCUAAAGAUGGUGCUGGCUAAAGCUAAAUCUGGCGAGUGUAGAGAGUAUAGAGAUAUUGUUAUCCACGUCGGCACCAACGAUGUUAGGAUGAAACAGUCAGAGGUCACCAAGUGCAACAUAGCUUCAGCGUGUAAAUCAGCUAGAAAUAUGUGUCGGCAUCGAGUAAUUGUCUCUGGCCCUCUCCCAGUUAGGGGGAGUGAUGAGCUCUACAGCAGAGUCUCAGCACUCAAUCGCUGGUUGAAAACUGUUUUCUGCCCUUCCCAAAAGAUAGAAUUUGUAGAUAAUUGGCCCUCUUUCUGGGACUCACCCACAAACAGGACCAAGCCUGACCUGCUGAGGAGUGACGGACUCCAUCCUAGCUGGAGGGGUGCUCUCAUCUUAUCUACCAACAUAGAUAGGGCUCUAACUCCUUUAGCCCCACAAUGAAAUAGGGUGCAGGCCAGGCAGCAGGCUGUUAGCCAACCUGCCAGCUUAGUGGAGUCUGCCAAUAGCACAGUCAGUGUAGUCAGCUCAGUCAUACCCAUACCCAUUGAGACUGUGUCUGUGCCUCGACCUAGGUUGGGCAAAACUAAACAUGGCGGUGUUCGCCUUAGCAAUCUUAUUAGGAUAAAGACCUCCUCCAUUCCUGCCAUUAUUGAAAGAGAUCAUGAUACCUCACAUCUCAAAAUAGGGUUACUUAAUGUUAGAUCCCUCACUUCAAAGGCAGUCAUAGUCAAUGAACUAAUCACUGAUCAUAAUCUUGAUGUGAUUGGCCUGACUGAAACAUGGCUUAAGCCUGAUGGAUUUACUGUGUUAAAUGAGGCCUCACCUCCUGGUUACACUAGUGACCAUAUCCCCUGUGCAUCCCGCAAAGGUCGGAGGUGUUGCUAACAUUUAUGAUAGCAAAUUUCAAUUUACAAAAAAAAAAAUGACGUUUUCGUCUUUUGAGCUUCUAGUCAUGAAAUCUAUGCAGCCUACUCAAUCACUUUUUAUAGCUACUGUUUACAGGCCUCCUGGGCCAUAUACAGCGCUCCUCUCUGAGUUCCCUGAAUUCAUAUCAGACCUUGUAGUCAUAGCAGAUCAUAUUCUAAUUUUUGGUGAUUUUAAUAUUCAAAUGGAGAAGUCCACAGACCCACUCCAAAAGUCUUUCAGAGCCAUCAUCGACUCAGUGGGUUUUGUCCAACAUGUCUCUGGACCUACUCACUGCCACAGUCAUACUCUGGACCUAGUUUUGUCCCAUGGAAUAAAUGUUGUAGAUCUUAAUGUUUUCCCACAUAAUCCUGGACUAUCGGACCACCAUUUUAUUACGUUUGCAAUCGCAACAAAUAAUCUGCUCAGACCCCAACCAAGGAGCAUCAAAAGUCGUGCUAUAAAUUCUCAGACAACACAAAAAUUCCUUGAUGCCCUUCCAGACUCCUUCUGCCUACCCAAGGACGUCGGAGGACAAAAAUCAGUUAACCACUUAACUGAGGAACUCAAUUUAACCUUGCGCAAUACCCUAGAUGCAGUUGCACCCCUAAAAACGAAAAAUAUUUGUCAUAAGAAACUAGCUCCCUGGUAUACAGAAAAUACCCGAGCUUUGAAGCAAGCUUCCAGGAAAUUGGAACGGAAAUGGCGCCACACCAAACUGGAAGUCUUCCGACUAGCUUGGAAAGACAGUACCGUGCAGUACCGAAGAGCCCUCACUGCUGCUCGAUCAUCCUACUUUUCCAACUUAAUCGAGGAAAAUAAGAACAAUCCAAAAUUUCUUUUUGAUACUGUUGCAAAGCUAACUAAAAAGCAGCAUUCCCCAAGAGAAGAUGGUUUUCACUUCAGCAGUAAUAAAUUCAUGAACUUCUUUGAGGAAAAGAUCAUGACCAUUAGAAAGCAAAUUACGGACUCCUCUUUGAAUCUGCGUAUUCCUCCAGGGCUUAGCUGUCCUGGAUCUGCACAGCUCUGCCAAGGCCUGGGAUCGGGAGAGACACUUAAGUGUUUUAGUACUAUAUCUCUUGACACAAUGAUGAAAAUAAUCAUGGCCUCUAAACCUUCAAGCUGCAUACUGGAUCCUAUUCCUACUAAACUGCUGAAAGAGCUGCUUCCUGUGCUUGGCCCUCCUAUGUUGAACAUAAUAAACAGCUCUCUAUCCACCGGAUGUGUACCAAACUCACUAAAAGUGGCAGUGAUAAAGCCUCUCUUGAAAAAGCCAAACCUUGACCCGGAAAAUAUAAAAAACUAUCGGCCUAUAUCGAAUCUUCCAUUCCUCUCAAAAUUUUUAGAAAAAGCUGUUGCGCAGCAACUCACUGCCUUUCUGAAGACAAACAAUGUAUACGAAAUGCUUCAGUCUGGUUUUAGACCCCAUCAUAGCACUGAGACUGCACUUGUGAAGGUGGUAAAUGACCUUUUAAUGGCGUCAGACCGAGGCUCUGCAUCUAUCCUCGUGCUACUAGACCUUAGUGCUGCCUUUGACACCAUCGAUCACCACAUUCUUUUGGAGAGACUGGAAACCCAAAUUGGUCUACACGGACCAGUUCUGGCCCGGUUUAGAUCUUACCUGUCGGAAAGAUAUCAGUUUGUCUCUGUGAAUGGUUUGUCCUCUGACAAAUCAACUGUGCAUUUCGGUGUUCCUCAAGGUUCCGUUUUAGGACCACUAUUGUUUUCACUAUAUAUUUUACCUCUUGGGGAUGUUAUUCGAAAACAUAAUGUUAACCUUCACUGCUAUGCGGAUGACACACAGCUGUACAUUUCAAUGAAACAUGGUGAAGCCCCAAAAUUGCCCUCGCUAGAAGCCUGUGUUUCAGACAUAAGGAAGUGGAUGGCUGAAAACUUUCUACUUUUAAACUCGGACAAAACAGAGAUGCUUGUUCUAGGUCCCAAGAAACAAAGAGAUCUUCUGUUAAAUCUGACAAUUCAUCUUGAUGGUUGUAAAGUCGUCUCAAAUAAAACUGUGAAGGACCUCGGCGUUACUCUUGACCCUGAUCUCUCUUUUGACGAACAUAUCAAGACUGUUUCAAGGACAGCUUUUUUCCAUCUACGUAACAUUGCAAAAAUCAGACAUUUUCUGUCCAAAAAUGAUGCAGAAAAAUUAAUCCAUGCAUUUGUUACUUCUAGGUUAGACUACUGCAAUGCUCUACUUUCCGGCUACCUGGAUAAAGCACUAAAUAAACUUCAGUUAGUGCUAAAUACGGCUGCUAGAAUCCUGACUAGAACCAAGAAAUUUGAUCAUAUUACUCCAGUGCUAGCUUCCCUACACUGGCUUCCUGUUAAGGCAAGGGCUGAUUUCAAGGUUUUACUGUUAACCUAUAAAGCGUUACAUGGGCUUGCUCCUACCUAUCUUUCCGAGUUGGUCCUGCCGUACAUACCAAUACGUACGCUACGGUGACAAGACGCAGGCCUCCUAAUUGUCCCUAGAAUUUCUAAGCAAACAGCGGGAGGCAGGGCUUUCUCCUAUAGAUCUCCAUUUUUAUGGAACAGUCUGCCUACCCAUGUGAGAGACGCAGACUUGGUCUCAACCUUUAAGUCUUUACUGAAGACUUAUCUCUUCAGUAGGUCAUAUGAUUGAGUGUAGCCUGGCCCAGGAGUGUGAAGGUGAACGGAAAGGCUCUGGAGCAACGAACCGCCCUUGCUGUCUCUGCCUGGCCGGUUCCCCUCUCUCCACUGGGAUUCUCUGCCUCUAACCCUGUUACAGGGGCUGAGUCACUGGCUUACUGGUGCUCUUUCAUGCCGUCCCUGGGAGGGGUGCGUCACUUGAGUGGGUUGAGUUCUGACGUGAUCUUCCUGUCUGGGUUGGCGCCCCCCCUUGGUUUGUGCUGUGGUGGAGAUCUUUGUUGGCUAUACUCGGCCUUGUCUCAGGAUUAUAAAUUGGUGGUUGAAGAUAUCCCUCCAGUGGGGCUGUGCUUUGGCAAAGUGGGUGGGGUUAUAUCCUUCCUAUUUGGCCCUGUCCGGGGGUAUCUUCGGAUGGGGUCACAGUGUCUCCUGACCGCUCCUGUCUCAGCCUCCAAUAUUUAUGCUGCAGUAGUUUGUGUCGGGGGGCUAGGGUCAGUUGGUUAUACCUGGAGUACUUCUCCUGUCUUAUCCAGUGUCCUGUGUGAAUUUAAGUAUGCUUUCUCUAAUUCUCUCGUUCUCUCUUUCUUUCUCUCUCUGAGAACCUGAGCCCUAGGACCAUACGUCAGGACUACCGGGCAUGACGACUCCCUGCUGCCCCCAGUCCGCCUGGCCUUGCUGCUAUUCCAGUUUCAACGGUUCUGCCUGCGGUUACGGAACCCCUACCUGUCCCAGACCUGCUGUUUUCAACUCUUAAUGAUCGGCUAUGAAAAGCCAACAGAUUUAUUCCUGAUUAUUAUUUGACCAUGCUUGUCAUUUAUGAACAUUUUGAAAAUCUUGGCUCUCUCUAAUUUUCUCCUUCUCUCUUUCUUUCUCUCGGAGGACCUGAGCCCUGGGACCAUACGUCGGGACUGCCGGGCGUGGUGGCUCCUUGCUGUCCCCAGUCCACCUGGCCUUGCUGCUGUUCUGCCUGCGGUUAUGGAACCGCCACCUGUCCCAGACCUGCUGUUUUUCAACUCUUAAUGAUCGGCUAUGAAAAGCCAACUGAAUAUUAUUCAUGAUUAUUAUUUGACCAUGCUUGUCACUUAUGAACAUUUUUGAACAUCUUGGCAUAGUUCUGUUAUAAUCUCCACCCGGCACAGCCAGAAGAGGACUGGCCACCCCUCAUAGCCUGGUUCCUCUCUAGGUUUCUUCCUAGGUUUUGGCCUUUCUAGGGAGUUUUUCCUAGCCACCGUGCUUCUACACCUGCAUUCUAGCUGUUUGGGGUUUUAGGCUGGGUCUCUGUACAGCACUUCGAGAUAUUACCUAAUGUACGAAGGGCUAUAUAAAAUAAACUUGAUUGAUUGAUUGAUUGAG